CAUGUUUCCUUGACGAGAAAAAAAGAAGAAGAUGUCAACUUCCUUGGUGCGGAAAGGCCUGGAACUGUUCGCAGAUGAAUCUGUGGCAGAGCUUGGGGGUGCUGUAUCUCAUAGAAAGAAGAAAGGACCAUCAUCAGUGAAGAGAGAAGACAUGAUGGAGAAGAUCAACACAAACAAGAAAGGAGUCAAGAAACAACUCAACAAGAUCAGACAUAGAGAGAUCAAGAAACCAACAGCAAAGGAAGGCAAAAUCAAAUCAUCAAUUGAUGCGUAUAAGAAGUGCCAGCCAUCUGAUUGCACAGAGGAGAAUGUGCAGCUGCUCUUAGGUUUAAGUAGAAGCAAUCCAGAGACAUCAGGGUUCUACACACAGAUUCUGAAGCACUCGCGAGGGAAGUUAGCCAAGGACCAAGAAGAGGAAGAGGAGCAAACAGAGCAAGAAGGCGGAUUCACAGAGGAGGACUUUGCAUUAUUUGACAAAGAUUACGUGCCUAAGAAGAAGAAUGCCGCCUUAUGAUAGUUGACUCAUUAUUGACUUCAAACUCUUUUAUGCAGAGUGUGUG